CUUUUUCAUUUAACUUUAAUGCAACAGCUGUUCACAUGAGAAGCGGAAGUUUCAUAUCGCCAGUCUACGGUUUUCUGUCAGAUUUCUAAAAAGUUAGGCAAUUUGCGAAACAAGUCAUCUGACAGUGUGAAGGCCGUUUUUAUUCUCUUCAAUUUUUCCAACGCUCUUGUCAUACUCUCCUCCCGAUAUAAGGGCAGGGAUGACCACCGAGAAGGCCGAUUACACUCCCGUGGAGGUGGGUUCCUCUCAGCCUCUUGGCCCCGGCAAUCCUAAUUUUCCUGCCGUGUUUGGCGUCAACGUACCAGGCCCCGAGGUGCCCGGCGGCGGCGUCCUUGCACCUGGUGGCCUACCUUACCCUCCUCCACCGGUCGCCUUCGCGCCGGUCAUCCCCGGAAUCUACGGGGCAGCACUGAAACCACAAGAUGGAAGCUCAGGCUAUGUCAACCCCAUUUACCAGGGUUAUCCAGAAAAUGCCCCACCGUAUUCCCCACCUGCCCCAGGCUUUGUUGACACCUACAGUGGUAAUCCUUACCACAGCGAGGAGGCUCCUCCAGCCUUCAGUGAGAAUCAAGACUUUGAUUUUGGGUUGGACAACAAGAGCAUAAGAAGGGCCUUUAUUAGGAAGGUAUACUUGGUGUUAACUGCCCAGCUCAUGGUGACGUUUGCGUUUGUGGCCAUUUUCACCUUUGUGAAAGAAGUGAAGGUUUUUGUCCUGCGAAACACCUGGACGUACUUCUUGUCCUACGCCGUGUUCUUCGUGUCAAUCUGUGUGAUCAGCUGCUGCGGAAACGUCCGCCGGAGACACCCCUGGAAUCUGGUGGCACUAUCUGUCCUGACUCUCAGCAUGUCCUACAUGGUGGGUACCAUCGCCAGUUUCCACAAAACAGAGUCUGUGAUCAUGGCAGUGGGAAUCACUGCAGUCGUGUGUUUCACAGUGGUCAUUUUCUCCAUGCAGACCAAGUACGACUUUACUUCCUGCUACGGCGUGCUUUUUGUCUGUUUUCUGGUCCUAAUCUUCUUCAGCAUCCUCUGCAUCUUCCUUCAAAACAUCAUCCUGCAGAUUGUCUAUGCUGGGCUGGGAGCUCUACUCUUCACUGCAUUCUUGGCGGUGGACACCCAGCUACUGCUUGGCAACAAGGAGCUCGCUCUGAGCCCAGAGGAAUACGUCUUUGCCGCUCUCAACCUGUACACGGACAUCAUCAACAUCUUCCUCUACAUUCUUGCUAUUGUCGGAAGAGCCAGAGGUUGAGCGGAGGGAAUCUCAGACAGAACAUUAUUUGGAAUUUGCAUAAAGAAGCGAGUUUUCCUAAUCAAAGCUUUCGACUUUCUUUCUAGUGUGUAUUUACCAUAUGGUUAAAGGCUGCUUUUGGUUCAUCCUCUAUAAAUGCUUCUCUUUAAUUGAUACUGUCAGUAGCUGUUUUGUUGAUAACUGCAGAUCUCUUUGUAUAACCUGUUUAUAUUGAAAUCAUAUUUUUAUGUUUAUGAGGCUCUAUCUCACGCUGUAGAAAAUAACCAACAGUGGAAAGAUCUGACAGAACAGUCCCAGCUGCAGAGCAUUUAAUGAGGCUUCCACACAGCUACAUAAGGAGUUUUAACAGAUCAGUGUUUUUGAUGCAGAGUUUUCUGCUGGUAUGACUGUAUGAUAAUGUCUGAGAUUACUUCUUCACCAACCAAAGACCAUAAAUAAUAAUUUGCAGGUUCAAGAGUGAUGUUUUUCAAAAGCUGUCAGCAGGAAUGAGGACUAAAAAAUGGCAUUUGGGGAAAAUCAUUAGAGCCGAGUCUCUGGGACAACAGGAAAAAGUAAAACCCCUGCUAAAAACUUUUUUAGUGACUACCAAGAGUGACUACAAAGUGGUCGUUGUGAUAUAUUUCUUCUGUUUUUCCAAAGUACUGUUUUAAAUGUUACAGUGUUUUCUCUAUGAUGCUCUUAUGUCUUAAGUACUUUUGUAAACCUGCCUGUUCUUUGUAUGGAAUAAAAUUCAAAAAAUGCA